AUGCAGAGAAUAUUAGAGAAGAAACACUUCAGAAACAAACAGAAAGAGAUAGAAUACAUUUCGAAGAAAUUGCAAUCGUACGAUUGGAAGACUUACCCUCAUAGAUGUCUUCUUAUUUUAGAUGACUUUGCUUCUCAUCCUUUGUUAAAGAACAGAGAACAAGAUAUGUGUCGAAUUCUUAAGAAGCUCAGACACUUUAACAUCUCAGUUGUCAUUUGUGUACAGACAGCAAAGAGUUUAAGUAAGGAUGUUAAAAGAAUACUUACUGAUAUCAUACUUUUCCCUGGAUUGUCCGAAGACGAUUUCAUGGAACUUAUGAAAGAGUCCAUGGCAGGUAAGUUUGACAGACAUGAACUAUGGGAGAAGUACAAAGUCAUACAAGACCCUCAUACUUCUUUCAGAAUUCAUAUCUACGCAAACAAAGUUCAAAUUGUAAAAAGUCAAGCUUGA